AUGGGUGCAAAGUAUAAAUUUGAGAUAACCGGCAAUGUCAGGGUGGUAGCUGUAAUAUUCCUCUGCAUGGUGGUUACUAUUGUUCUCAUACUCCUCAACCACGCAAAAUGGCUCAGGUGGCGCAUUGAGCAAAGCACUGCUCCUCAACCACGCAACCGCCGCCGCUUUGUCUUUGCCCCUGGUCAAGAUCCAGUUACCUAUGGCACUAACCGAAUUGGUCUUGACCCUGCAGUUCUUAGGUCCUUGCCAGUGUUGGUGUUCCAACAAGAGGACUUCAAAGAUGGUUUGGAAUGUGCGGUUUGUCUCUCCGAGAUUGUUCAAGGUGAAAAGGCUAGGCUUUUACCAAAAUGCAAUCAUGGGUUUCAUGUGGAUUGCAUAGAUAUGUGGUUCCAAUCCCAUUCUACUUGCCCUCUUUGUAGGAACCUUGUUGACUCUGAAUCCUCUAAUAGUGACCCAUUCGAGGCAGAAAAUUCAGCUACAAUGAGUGGCUUAGAGUCUUCAAAUUUCCCCACAAAUGUGUUAGUUUGGGGAGACCGGACCCAAGUAAGUUCUGUUGGUGUUUCCUUGGAAGAAGGGACUUCUUAUCGAACACCUUGCUCUACAUCAUCAUCAUCAUCAUCUUCUUCAGCCAGUGAUAGUAGUAAUUGUAGAUGUCAUGGAAUGUUGGUGAUUGAUAUACCAAGUGAGUUCAAUUCGUCCUCUUUGUCCCCUUCUGCUAGUAGGUGUGAUGAAGAUGAGAUGAAAUCACCAAUGACAGCUAGACUGAGGUCACUGAAGAGGCUUCUGAGCAGGGACAAAAAGUUAAGUCCUUGUAGUCCUAGUUCUAUGGAUGUAGAACAAGCGCAGAGCUAG